GCAGAUAAAAGGACGUAUAUUGCAACAAUAACAUUCUAUUUGCAUAAUUACAUACUGAAUACUGUUUCUCGUUCCGACAAUCGUUCUCGCAUUCGAAAUACCGAAAGCAAGCCGCACGAUCGUACCAUCAUAUCGUCCAGUCAUGGACGCCAAAACGUGGGCCGUUUUUACAUUUCUACUGGCAGUGGCGAGGGCACAGUCUACGCCAGAGCCGUAUGCCAUUGAGAAACCAACUCCAGAACUAGAAGAGCCGAUUGCCAUUGAGAGACCAACUGCAGAACUAGAGCCGAUUGCCAUUGAAAGACCAUCUGCAGGACUAGAGCCGAACACUACCGCGACGUCAACUUUCUACGAGGGAGAACUGCCUACAAUCAAUGUUACGCCAAAUGCUACGUUGGUAGGAAACAGCACUGAGAAUAUGACCGCUUUUCAAAUAAUAAUGAGGGCGAAUGAUGAAGUUGCCAGGGACAAGCUCGAGGUUCACGAAUUCGACAUGAGGUUUCCAGUGGCACAAUCUGACGCUUCUGAUGACCAACAUGAUGCACCCAUAAGAGACCGAUCUGCCUUAUGGCCAGGCGGAGUCAUUCCAUAUGUGUUUGGAAAUUCCAUCAGAAAUCAAAUAUGGUUUCAGAAGCUGAUUAAAGGGGCGAUGAGUGAGUGGGAAGCCAAGACAUGCAUAAUGUUUCGUCGAAGAAAAUCACACGAUAGCAAUUACGUCCUUUUUCAUAUUGGAAAUGGAUGCAAUUCUGAUGUUGGUAUGGUAGGUGGACGGCAGACUGUCUCGCUUGGUACCGGCUGCGCACACCACAGCGUUGUACUUCAUGAACUCGGCCAUGUUGUGGGUUUCUGGCACGAACAAAACCGCCCUGAUCGGGACCGCUAUGUCAAAAUCAUUAGAGAGAAUAUUAUCGAUAAACUUUAUUUUGCGUUCCGCAAAUACAGCACCCAUAAGAUUAACAGCCUUGGAGUGCCGUACGAUUACAAGUCGAUUAUGCAUUACGCACGAAACGCAUUCAGUAAGAACAGGAGAGACGAUACGAUUGUAUCGAGAGAUGGAAAAACGAGGAAUUUUGGAAAUAAUCAUCUCAGCUCCCUCGACAUUUUACAGGCGAACAGGUUAUACAAAUGUCCAGAUAAAAACAAUCUAUAUCCGAGUUUCCCAAAAGAUUUCGUGUUCUCAUUUUCGAGACUAUCGGGUCACAAAUGCACGUGGUUGUAUGAGCCACACGACCGCUACUGGCGACGUGUCUACCUUUGCGUCAAGUCGGACAGGAGACUAGUAAAUAUUAGAUGGUCCAACAAAGGAGCUAUACCUCGAAUGACGUGUACUCGUAUCUACAGCGAAGCGAAACAUUAUUACCUUGGAUGGAACGAUAACUACCUAUGUGUACCGAAGAAGUCCUAUAAAUUUAUAUGGUCCACAAAUGGGCCUCUCUCAGGCUAUCCAUGUAUGCAAUGGAGAUACACUAGGGAUAGACGCUGGGGGAGAAAUAAAUAUUUGUGUGCUAAUAAGUCUGAUGAACAAGUUGUGCAUGGUCGUUGGUCGCCGUGGUCCUUGUGGAACCAAUGCACGAAGAAAUGUGGCACUGGAUUCCAACAACGAAAGAGAGAAUGUACCAACCCGCGCCCAAAGAAUGGCGGUCGCAGCUGCGGCUCACAAUCAUAUGAAACCAGAUAUUGCAACAGUCAAGAAUGCGAUGAUCUUCCAAAAUGGCCAGAAGAUUUCACGUAUCGUUACCAUCCAUACACACCCUCGAGCUCCACCUGCAUCAGGACCUAUGAACGUGCGAACUACUUCCAGUGGACCAAUUACUAUUUCUGUAGCCGCUCGGGACGUCGGGAUAUCAAUAUGAAAUGGUCAGACAACGGACCAAUCAGGAACAUGAAAUGCGUCCUGAUUAACGAACCACGGGAACCAAGACAACAUGGAUGGAACAAUAAUUAUUUGUGCGUUCCUAGGCGUUCCCCUUACCGAUUCAGGUGGUCCCAUUCAGGGCAAAUCAAUGGAUUGGAAUGCAUACAAUGGCUGGCAAAGAGAGGAUUAGACGGAUGGAACGAUAACUACUUGUGUGCAGAUAAAUUCAACGGCGGCCAGCCGACAGUUUCUACCACGACAAGACCUCAGGCCAUUCAUGGCGGGUGGACCACCUGGGGAGCGUGGACAACAUGUACUAAAUCUUGUGGACGCGGACGCAGAAGGAGGUACAGAAGUUGUGCUAAUCCAUACCCAAGUAAUGGCGGCCGAACUUGUUCCGGUGCCCGAGAAAUCAGAGAAUAUUGCAACCAACAGGAGUGUCCUAGAGAGUGUUAUCAGAAAUAUACGGAGGAUUCCGGUUCAUUUCGUGCCCCGCAGAAUAAAAAGGGAUCUUUCACGUGUUCCUGGACGAUAGAAGUCCCGAUUGGGUACAAAGUCCGAUUAUACUUCAGAUCGUUUACUGUGGGAGGGGGCAGGCCGAAUUGCUUACGAGGCGCUGAUUACGUCACCAUACGUGAAGGUCAAGAUGAGAACUCGCUUCUUAUCAAUUCCCUGUGUGGGUCCUUUUCUCAAAGAUACAUUUACAGUUCCGGGAAUAAAAUGCGCGUCACUCUAAGGUCGGCGAACAUUUUCACUCGGCCAAGCUUCCACGUGUCAUGGAUGGCCAUUGCGGUUCCAACGAGAGCUCCCACUAGGAAGACUGUGGAAGAGUGCGGGGGAAUUUUGAGAGCGUCGAGAGGCAACAUUAGCUCGCCAAAUUUUCCCAAAAAUUAUCCAGCUCGGAAGGAAUGUACUUGGAUAAUCAAAGUUCCCGUUCAUAAGUUACUCAAGUUGCGUUUUGUGUCUUUCGAUGUGGAGAACCACGCGACAUGCGGUUAUGAUUACGUUCAAGUAAGAGAUGGUGCCACUUCGAGAUCAAAGUUGCUCGGGACGUUUUGUGGGAAAACUUUGCCAAAACAAAUCACGGCUUUCGCAAACAGUUUAUGGAUAAAGUUCCGUUCGGACGGAAAUAAAGAGUUUAAAGGUUUCAGGGCGGAGUACAGGACGAAACAACGAAAUGUUGGAUGCGGUGCCGGAAGAUGGAAGCACUACGUGUCGGAGGAGGACAACUCUGAAUAUUGUUACCUGAUCAGAUAUCGACGUAUGACAUGGGACGCUGCUCGAAGAGACUGCCAGAGAAAAAAGAAUUCGGAUUUGCUCAGUAUAGCAACGAAAAAGGAACAGUGGUUUGUCAGGAAUGAACUGAUGGCUGAGACGAGAUAUUACGAGCUGUGGAUGGGCUACAACGAUAGAACCAGGGAAGGACAAUGGGCCUGGAGCGAUAAGAGCCAAGUGAAUUUCAAAAACUGGGGAGGGGGGGAUCCGAAUAACGGAGGACAACGGAAAAACGAAGAUUGUGGCGUGGUAAAACCAGACGGCAAAUGGAAUGACUUUCCGUGUAAUCAUCGCUUUAUGUAUAUUUGUAAAAGAAAGAUUUCAUAAGGACUAAGAAUGCUGUGAAUGGCACAAAGACAUAAAAGUCUAGACGUAGGAAUAUUGUAUCGUCUGUCAGCUUGCUUUCCUUGAAGACAAUUUCACACAUGGAUGGACUAAAUGCAUUUAAAUAUUGCCUUAUAGAGAAAGUCGAAAUAUCUUUCGACAAGAUGGCAAAAUACAGAAAAUAUAACUAAAACUAUAGUUAAAGUUGCAUAAUGCCAAUUUGUAUAUUUUAUUGGAGAGGUUUCGUGUUAAUAAGAUAGUAUAUGAGUAAA